AUGUCCUGUGGAUUGGUAUCAAAGCUUAGUUUCUGUUAAUACUGCAUUAAACACAGUAUUAGAUGAAAAUGAAAAAACAUCUAAUUUAUUUUUGCUUACUAGUUUUCAUUAAUAAGUCUAAAGCAUUAUGGGAUAAGGAUACGGAUUGCCCCCACAUUUGCACUUGCCGACUGGAGCAUUUAAGUGAGACAGCAAUAUAUCGGUUCAUGCAAAAAGACAAGGAGAGCCAACCAGGUGUUAUAGGAUCAGUUGAAAAUAAUGAUGUAUUUUACGAGGAAUCGCUAGAUGCCGAACUAUUCGAAGAUAAAUCAAUAGUAAAAUCGGCAACAUGCAUUCUGCAGACGGAGACGGACCCGCUACAACUCCUAGAGAAAAUUCCCAAAGAUAUCGAAACUUUAACUUUAAUCCAAGGCUACGAAUCCGGAAACAAAUCGAUUAAAUUCAGUUAUUUGAGCGAGUUUAAGCAACUUUUAAGUUUGGAACUUUUAGGACCCAAUGUUGAUGUCAAAAAAUCAAAUCAGAGCUACUUGAUAUGUGAGAUUGACAUGACAAUUGAUUAUCUAAAGUUUCUUAAUCUCGAAAGAAUAUUGAUAGAGAAAUCCAAAGUGCAAUUACAGAAGUUUUUAAAAGAAUAUAAGGAUGAGGAAGUUACUUUUGCGUACGUUGUCAAGUUAGAUGAUGAAUCCCACCCCCUAACAUUUAUUCAAAAAGACAAUGAACCAGUUUUACCGUACGAAAAAAUCUCGAAAUCUGAUUUAAACGAAUACCCCCUAUUUUUAGGCUUCAAAAGCCUAUUUUUCCUUCGGAUAUCCAACUGCGAAUUAAAUAAUGUUUACUGGGAGAUGUUUGAUGGACUCAGUAAUCUAGAGUAUUUAAUUUUGGAGAGAAAUAAUCUAAAAUUUAUUCCAGCUUUUGCAUUUUACGGAACACCAAGUCUUAAAACAUUAUCGCUAGCUCACAAUAACUUGUUGGACAUUCAAUUAACCGACCUUGCCGGAUUACUGGAACUUCAAUAUCUAGAUUUAUCAUACAAUAAUUUCUCCCAACUAUCAGAACUAUCUUUACCCCCCUUUCCUAAGCUUAAAUUAGCAAAUUUCGGAAAUAAUCCAAUAAGUGUCAUUUUUCCAAACACCUUUGAAGUUAUGAACACAACCGAUUCCCUUGUCAUAGGCAGUGAUGAUAUGCCUUUAAGUCUCACAAUGAAUUCUUUUUUGGGCCUAAAUCUUCUUAAAAAAUUAACAUUACGCAACAUCGCUUUACCAAUUUUAAAACGAGAGUUACUAGUUGGAAUGCCAAAUCUACUGGAACUUAUUUUUACUGGAAACAUAUCAAAACUGGAUUUCGACGCUUUUGUGGAAGUCUAUAAUCUGGAACUUUUGGUUUUAAACGACUGCAAAAUUACUAAUGUAUCCAUGGAUGCUUUUAUGGGCUUAUUAAAACUACAAUACCUGGACUUAUCUAGCAACCAACUGGACCAUCUACCUUCUGGAGUUUUUGAUAAGCUUUCCAACUUAAAGGAGCUCUAUUUAAAUGGUAAUAAAUUCCAAUUUUUACCCAGGGAAAUAUUCUCGAGAAUUCAUCCAAAAUUGAUAAGGCUCAAUGAAAAUCCUUGGCAUUGCUCUUGCCAAAUGAGCGACUGGAAGCCUAUGAUUGCCAACAAAAUUAAACAAAAAGUCUUCAAACCUUGUUAUGCUAAUCACGACAAAGGUUUGCUUUGUACUUAUGACAACAAGUUUAUGUUUAAAUACGUUUACGACAAUAAGGUGGCACCAAAAUGCGUUGAACCUAAACAGUUUCAAAAUUGGAGUGUGUUUUUAGCUAUGAGGAAAUUAUUGAAAUGCAAAGAAUUUAAGCCCAGAUUUAAAAAACAUAAUAAAUCUGGAGAAGUACUGCACUCAAGUCAAGUUAAGCCUGUCAAAUCAGAGGAAAUCCAAAUCAUUCAAACUCAAACAGUCAAAACUAUUAUUGACGAGAAGGACUAUUAUAAAAUGAAGAUGUUAAGAAACAAGUUGAACAGGGCACAGUUUAAGAAAAAGAUGUUUGAACAAAAAGGUAUGGAUGAAAAAUAUAUUUUAAUACAAAAUAACACAUUCAUACCAAAUACCAUUUAAAUUAAAAGUUAUGUAAUAUUUAUUGUAUAUAUAACACCAGUGACUGCCUAUAGACAAAUUAUUUAUAACAAUACACAGUGUAUAAUUUUCAUUAGCAAUAAAUUUAUUAUUUAAAAACAUAUUUUUAAUACUCACCCCUUAACAAUGUAGCUCCAGAAC